CCCGCGCGGCAGCGUCGUAAAGCGCCGGGCCAUGGCGGCCGCCCGGGUGCUGCAGGCCGGUGGCUGUUACCGCCGCCGCCCCCUCUCCUCCGCUUCCUCCUCCGCCUCCUCCGGCAGCGGCCGCGCGGCUGAGCGCGGGGAGCGGCCGGACAGCGUGGGCCUGGGUUUCCGCCCCCCCGCGCACUCGCACAGCGACUGGAUCGGGCCCCCGGACAGGCACUCCAACCUGCGCCCCGUCAUCUUCUACGUGCCCCCCGAGGAGUCGGCGCUGGAGCGGCGGCUGCGGGAGGCGCGCCAGGAGGCCCAGGCCAGCAACCAGCGCUUCUGGGCACGGCACAACCGCGCCUUCCGCCAGGAAAAAGAAGAAUUUAUUUAUUCAAGACUGAAAGCCAAGGGUCUGGAAAUGAGAGAUGAAUCAGGUCAGAAAGCAACACUGAAUGCAGAAGAAAUGGCUGACUUUUACAAGGACUUUCUAAGUAAAAAUUUAAAAAAGCAUUUGCAGUAUAACAGAGAUUGGUAUAAACGUAACUUUAGGAUCACAUUCCUCAUGGGACAAGUAGCACUGGUGAGAGCUCUGAGGUGGCUUCGUCGGAGAAAGAAAAAUGUAGAACAAUAAUCACAGCUCCAUGAAGAAUGCAACACUGUAUGUUAUAAACUUGUGCUUUAUAGUAAUGUUCAAAAUCUGAAUGAUUGAUGCAAUAAUUACUUGAAUUUGUUUGUUAAACUAUGUAAAUAAAAGUCAACACUGGUCUUAAUUUAUAAUCACUAUGUAGAUUUCCUUUGCCCUUUAUUCCAAGAAUAUCUAAAAUGUUUCUGCACUGAAACACAACAAAGAAAACUUUUAAAAGCUGUUCCUUGUUCAUGUCAGAUGGAAUGGGUAAUGAGUGUCCUGUUUUUACUGUAGAGUUUUGGCUGCUAAAUAAUAUGAGAUUCAGUGUGCUGCACCUGAACUCUGGUCUCAGAAUGAUGUCUCCACUAGCUGUAUUGGUACAUAAAGACAAAAAUUUUGCAGCAGUGUCUGGCUGGGGCAGUAGCUAUCCAUAACUAAUACAAUAUAGGUGAAGGAACGAGUUUGAUUUGAGAGUAUAUAUACAAUCAGUUUAGAAUAAUCCUCUCUUCAGUGUCAUUAUCUGCUAUUUUUGAUAAAGUUUUAAGAUACUAUUUCAUAUAAAGUACUAAUACAAUAGGAUCUUCUUAGAUUUUUUUUUAAUUAAGAGAAAUGUGCCUCCCUUGGACAAGAGCUCCUCUGAUCCAUAACUGGUAAAUGUUUUAGUUGCUGAGCAAUUAACAAAUGUGCUGCCUGUCAUUUACCUUGGUAAAGACAAAACUGGUAAUUCCUAUAUGAAGAAUGACAUUACUACAAGCAUGCACUGCUUUCUCGUGGUUCAUUUCUUCCAAAAAAAUGUGCUCUUCUCGCCAAAUUCACCAAAGCAUUGAAAAUAACUUGCCUGAGGGUUGUUUUUGUGGCCUCCAGGUAGGUAACAGCAAUUGGAAGGAGCUUGGUUCAAGUGAAGUCUAAAAUGGUAUGCCAUUUUUAAAUUAAAAUAAGUCUUAUUCCUCACUAUCUUCUCUCUGUCCAUUUAUACAGUUAAAUUGCUUUUUUUUUAUCCAGUACCUACUGAGAGGUUUCUGUUAAAAAGAAUAUAUGCUGUGAGAGGAAGUGUUUUCCUAAGGCUGUGCUGUAGGGAAGGUUCUGCUUUUGGAAGCAUCAUCUCAGUAGCCAUUGACCUAUUUUUUAUAUCUAAACAUGACAUGGUUUAUUCACAGGCUUUUUCAACUGGAGCAAAAAGAGCUUUGUCCACAUCAGCUAUAAUAAUUUGUCUGCAAAAUGAAAUAAAUGUUACUGAUACAGUAGCAGAUCAGUGUUUCAUACAGCUGUGGUAUUAUCAGGCUAAAGUGGCCACUGAAUUGUGAUUUUACGUAUUAUUAGUAAAUGAAAAUGAAAACUGUCAUUAAUGGUGUUUGCUGAGAUAAUAACCAGCGCUUUGAAAAUAUUUGUGAAUGUUACACUGCAUCAGUACUGUAAAGGGUAUAUAUUAAAAAUUUACAAAAUGCCAUGUUUAGGAAAAUAAAUUUUUGAAAUAGA